GCCGCGCGCGCUGCCCUCAGCCAAGAUGGCGGCGGCGGCUUCAGGCGCGGGGCGCUGAGGGCGGAAGCGCGGAGCAGCCGGGCCCAGCCGCGCGGGGAUCGGGGCCGUCGGGCCGGGCCGGGGCCAUGGCCUGUUACACGGCGAACUGGGACCCGCUGGGGGAGGAGGCGUUUUACCGGAAGUUUGAAUUGUACAGCAUGGCGUGGAACCUGAAGGAGGAUCUGCGGGAUUGCCUGGUGGCUGCUGCACCUUAUGGGGGCCCCAUUGCUUUGCUGAAGAAUAACCUCAGGAAAGAGAAGUCACCUGGCUCCCGCCCGCUUCUGGAGAUCUACUCAGCCUCGGGUGUUCCCCUGGCCAGUGUUCUGUGGAAGAGUGGCCAAGUGGUGCAGCUGGGUUGGACUGCCAGCGAGGACCUGCUCUGCAUCCAGGAGGAUGGCACUGUCCUCAUCUACAACCUCUUCUGUGAAUUCAAGCGACACUUCAGCAUGGGCAACGAGGUCCUGCAGAACCACGUGCGGGAGGCGAAGGUUUUCCACACGGAGUACGGCACAGGCGUGGCCAUCCUCACCGGAGCGCACCGCUUCUCCCUCACCACCAACAUCGACAACCUCAAGCUGCGCAGGAUGCCGGAGGUACCAGGUCUGCAGAAGCUCCCCUCCUGCUGGGCCGUGCUGUCCCAGGACAGAGUGACCAUCAUCUUGUUAGCCGUUGGCCAGGACCUGUACCUCCUGGACAACACGUCCUGCUCCGUGGUGACUCCACCUGGAAUCAGCCCCCACGCUGGCGCUUACGUGCAGAUGGCAGUCUCCUUCAACUACUGCUACCUGGCCCUGUUCACCGACACUGGCUCUAUCUGGAUGGGGACGUCCUCCCUGAAGGAGAAGCUGGGUGAGUUCAGCUGCGAUUUCCGAGCUCCGCCCCGACAGAUGGUUUGGUGCACGCGCCCACGGAGCAAGCAGCGGGCAGUGGUGGCGGCGUGGGAUCGCCGGCUCCUGGUGGCCGGGAACUGCAAGGAGUGCAUUCAGUUUGUUCUGGACGAGGAUUCCUACCUGGUGCCGGAGCUGGAUGGGGUGCGGAUCUUCUCUCGUACCACGCACGAGUUCCUGCACGAAAUUCCCGAGGCCAGUGAGGAGAUCUUUAAAAUCGCUUCCAUGGCGCCUGGGGCUCUCCUGCUGGAAGCACAGAGAGAGUAUGAGAAAGAGAGCCAGAAGGCGGACGAGUACCUGCGGGAGAUCAAGGACCAGAAUCUGCUCUCAGAGGCAGCGCGGCAGUGCAUCGAGGCGGCUGGCUACGAGCAUGAGCCGGAAACCCAGAAGUCUCUGCUCCGGGCCGCCUCGUUCGGAAAGUGCUUCCUCGACAAGUUCUCCCCGGAGAGCUUUGUGCGGACGUGCCGGGACCUGCGCGUGCUGAAUGCCAUCCGGGACUAUCAGAUCGGCAUCCCCCUGACCUUCGCCCAAUACAAACAGCUCACCAUUGAAGUCCUGCUGGACAGGUUAGUUCUGCGGAGGCUGUACCCCCUCGCCAUCAAAAUCUGCGAGUACCUGCGCCUGUCGGAGUUCCAGGGCGUCAGCAGGAUUCUGGCCCACUGGGCCUGCUACAAGGUGCAGCAGAAGGACAAGUCUGAUGAGGAGGUUGCACACGCCGUCAAUCAGAAGCUGGGCGACACCCCUGGCAUUUCGUACUCGGAGAUCGCUGCCCGGGCAUACGACUGUGGCCGGACGGAGCUGGCCAUUAAGUUGCUGGAGUACGAACCCAGGUCCGGGGAGCAGGUCCCGCUGCUGCUGAAGAUGAAAAAGAGCCAGCUGGCCCUGAACAAAGCCAUUGAGAGCGGAGACACAGACCUAGUUUACACCGUCGUGUUGCACCUGAAGAAUGAACUGAAUCGUGGCACUUUCUUCAUGACGCUGCAGAAGCAGCCAGUGGCUCUGAGUCUCUACCGCCAGUUCUGCAAGCACCAGGAGCUGGAGACACUCAAGGACCUGUACAACCAGGACGAUGAUCACCAGGAGCUUGGGAACUUCCACGUCCACUCCAGCUAUUCUAGUGAGAAGCGGAUCGAGGGGCGCGUAGCAGCGCUGCAGAAUGCAGUGGACGAGUACUACAAGGCCAAGAACGAGUUUGCUGCCAAGGCCACAGAGGAUCAGAUCAAACUGCUGCGGAUGCAGCGCCGCCUGCAGGACGACCUGGACAAGCCCUACGUAGAUUACUCCCUGCACGACACCGUCUACGGCCUCAUCUUGGACGGCAACCACAAGCGGGCGGAGCAGCUGUACCGCGAGUUCCGAAUCCCCGACAAGAGGUUCUGGUGGCUGAAGAUCGGCGCCCUGGCCGAGCGGGAGGACUGGGAGGAGAUGGAGAAGUUUUCCAAGAGUAAGAAGUCGCCCAUUGGGUACCUGCCCUUUGUCGAAAUCUGCAUGAAGCAUCACAACCGCCAUGAGGCCAAGAAGUACGCUGCCCGCGUGACCCCAGAGCAGAGGGUCAAGGCCCACAUCCUGGUGGGAGAGCUGGACCAAGCUGCCGAUGCUGCCAUCGAGCACAAGAAUGAGAACGAGAUGAACCUCGUCCUGUCCAAGUGCACCGCGGCCACCGACUCUUCCGUGGGGGAGAAGAUCAACCGUGCCAAAGCUCAGAUCCUGAAAAAAUAACCCCUCCCUGUGGCCGGAGCCUCGUAGCCUGCUGGGAGCCGGCCUUCUGUAUAUUCCGGGGGUGGGUAGGGGACGCAGUCUUGGUGCUGAUGUUAUAAGGACAAGAGGCAUGGAGCGUCUCACACAUGCAGAUCCAGCCCAGGCACCCGCCAGCAUGACCUGGGGCCCUGUAUUGGGGAAUCGUAGGUAGCAGUGAUCCCUGUACCUGGGGUGGGGUGGACUCGUCCCUCUGGAGUUCAGGGUGCUUGGCUGGAGGCGGGAGCAGAAAGCACAUGCUGUGUUACUGUGCAGCUGGCCUCCUUGCUGCAUCCCUGCUCCGCUGAGUGACGACCUCUCCUGCUCAGCCCCCUCAGGGAAGCUUUAUCCCUGCCCUGUGCAGGUGCAUGUACCAUCUUCCUCCCCUGAGCCAGCCCCACUCCUCUUCCCCGCCCCACCCCACCCUACCCCCCAGCAGUUCUGCCUCUCGCUCUGCCAGCAUCACCCUCCUCCCUGCAGCAGCUCCUCUGAGCACAGAAGCUGGGGAAGGAGCCCCUGGUCAGGUUGCAGUGGGGCCUCGGGAAGGAGCAGCCGCCCCCCCGGGGUAGCCGCAGUUCCAGCAGGCGCAGCCUCCCCGUCCUGGGGGUGGGGGGAGAGCGGGUGAGCAGGGGAGGGGUUGCGGUGGCCCAGCAGGGCUGUUGGGGCAGUAAAGUCAGAAGCUUAGUGAGGGUGCUGGGGGCUCUGGUGCCUGGAUCUGUGGGGGGAGGGGAAGGCUGGCCUGUCACGUGUAACCUUCCCUAGGGUAAAUAAAGGGCUGAGACCCCCC